AAGGGUUUUCAAACAUCUUGCACGUUCGACUACCUGACGCGCAACGACUACUUCCGGUCGUUCGUCCUCUGUUUGUACAUUUUCGGCUUCGCUUGCCCGCUGACGACCAUUCUCUACUGCUACUAUUACAUCUACAAGGCAGUUGCCCAGCACGAGAAAGAAAUGGGCCAAAUGGCGAAAAAACUCAACGCAGAGAUCCGCCAAGGACAGAGCGCCAAGAAGUCCGAGAUCAAAACUGCCCGGAUCGCCAUGACCAUCAUCGUUACCUUCCUGUUAUCGUGGCUGCCCUACGCCACGGUUGCCCUCAUCGCACAGUUUGGUCCGGUGGAGCUGGUCACCCCAUACGUGUCCGAGCUGCCCGUCAUGUUUGCUAAAGCGUCUGCCAUGCACAACCCUCUCAUCUAUGCCCUGUCGCAUCCCAGGUUUAGAGAGGCAGUAGACAAACGCUUCCCAUGGCUGUUGUGUUGCUGUGGCGUGACUGCCAAGGAG